AUGCCCUUUACAAAGGAAAGACAGCGACACGUAGUGGUUGCUACAAUUUUUUGUCACCUCGCUGCACUGUUACUGUUUGGUGGAGAUGCGACGGUCCACCGGUGCAGAAGAGGGAGUGAACCUCUUCAGCGAACUGUAAAUGGGAGGGUCCUUCUGGAGGGGCAAGUUGGCAGCUUGGCAGAUGAAUUACACAACUAUAGUAAAACGAAUUUGAGCAUUCCCAGUUUCGUUCAGGUGAAACUGAAAGAUAGUUACGAUAGGAAGAUCAGGAGAGGGGGGGCCACUCCGGAGGGGAACUACCACAUCCCUAACUGCGACGACACAGAUGGAAGUGCCAAUUUUUUAAAAAAAAUGUACAGGUCGAUAAAGGCCUUCUUACGAAUUACAUCACAUGAGAAAAGCUGGUGUUUAAAGUAUGAGCGGUUCAGGCGGGUUAGACGAGAUUUUGUCUACGUGGUGCAGAGUAGCCUAUCCGUUGGGAGGACGCGCGUUUGCCUAAUCGACACGGGGGUUGAUCUGAAGGAUGAGGUGUUGGGCCAUUUUGUGAGAAUGUCCAGGGGGGGCCUCAACCAGGGGGGGGAUAAUCCAGGAGAGCAAAAUGAGCGACGUGCAGAUGGAAUAAACACUCAAAGGUGUAAUGAGAAAAAUUAUGCCAGCUGCCAAUCGAGCGAUGUCCACGACGAAGACAUGCACGGGACGUUCAUCGCCAACACUGUAAUUAGGAGGGAUUUGUUAAUGAAGGGGGGAGCGUACAAAAGGGGCGUCGACCUUAUUGUGUGCAACGCGUUUGCCAAAUCGUUUGGCAAUGCGGUGAAGAACUCGCACUUGGUGCCGCUCAUCAAAUGUUUGGAAAUGUGCAAAGAGAGGGGUGCCAAGGUGAUCCACGUGGGGUAUAAUGUGCAAGGGGAGAGCGAACAGUUGGUCAAGCUAAUGGAGGAGUUGCAGCGGGAAGAAAUUAUUGUGGUGUCACCGUCUCUGCAGGUGUACCAUCGUAACGGGGGGGAGACGAACUCAAAAAAGGAGCAUCUGGAGGAGCCUUCCACACAGAAAAUGUACCCCGCCUCGUUCGCGGACACCUUUGAAAACGUCUUUUCCGUGGGUGCCUUGCGGAACUCUCCCCAGGGGGGACUGGUCCCCAUAUUGGGGAACGCCAACCCAAGGGGGGAAAAACCAAAGGGGGAGCAAUUACACAAAAGGGAGAACACCACCCUGUUUAGCUUCUCAUAUGGCAAGACCUUUCCCUUUGGGAGGAGCCCCCCCUCCAUGGUGGAAGACGCACAAGCGUACGCAUCCGCCGACUUUGUAAACGCCCUCGUGAUGAUUUUUAAUGUCAACCCUAAGCUGUCUAUGAAAAGAGUGAGGCUCAUUUUGGAGAGGUCCAUCGGGAGGAGGAGUGAGCUGAAGGGGCUGUCCAAGUGGGGUGGCUACCUCGACCCCUUCAAAUUAAUUGCCGAGACGUUAAAGGAGAGGAAUGAACUUUGCGGAAGGUUUUUCCGAGAGUUGGGCGGCAAUCUGGAGGAAGGAGGAGGUGGCUUGCUCGGAGGUGGCUUGCCCAGAGGCGAGGCGACAGAGCACCUUGGGGACUGGGUUGAGAGGCCUCCAAAUGAUGAGGACCAACGCAGCUGUGGUGAAGCUACCACCGGAGAGGCGACCCCACGUUUAGACGCUGCGUUCCCCCCACAGGGUGGCGAACUGGAAGAGAUCGAAAGGCAAUUUGAGGAGGAAGCGGUGCGCGGGCUGGACCACCACAACUUGGGCUACUACCACACGGAUGCUAUUUCCAAAUGGGCGGAGGAUUUUCCCGACGGGGGCGCAGCUCCCAGUGAAGGCCCCCCCAGCGACACCACCUAUAGGAGUAGCUACAAUGAUGAGGAGGACGUGUAUACGCCGGAUGAGGCCAACCAGUCGUUUUAUGGAAACUCGGGAGGAGUGGCACUGGAAGUGGUAGGGGAAGGGGAAGAUCUCUGGGUGAAAGUGGGCUCCCAGAAAGGUGGGAUCAAACGGAGGGUACACACGUAA